CGUUCACUUCCGCCCCGAGACCCACGGGCUUCGCUCCGGGUGCCGGGGCCCGCGGUUUCGCAGCCUCGGCCCUGCCCGUCCGUCCUCCGCCCCGCCAGAGGCGGUAACGGGGCCCUUGCGGGCCGCACCAUGGUCCAGUUCACUGCUCCCCUCCACAAGGCCUACCAUGGAGGCCGCCUGACCAUCCGUCUCGCCCUGGGCGGCUGUACCAACCGGCCUUUCUACCGCAUCGUGGCUGCGCACAACAAGUUCCCCAGGGACGGCCGCUUCGUGGAGCAGCUGGGCUCCUACGACCCGCUGCCCAACACCCACGGAGAGAAGCUCGUGGCGCUCAACCUGGAGCGGAUCCGGCAUUGGAUCGGCUGCGGGGCCCACCUCUCCCAACCCGUGGAAAAGCUUCUGGGCCUUGCUGGUUUUUUCCCUCUGCAUCCCAUGGUGAUCACAAAUGCUGAGAGGCUUCGGCGGAAACGGGCGCGUGAAAUCCUCUUAGCAUCUCAGAAAACAGAGACAGAGGCUACGGAAACAGAAGCAAGCUGACGUCAGUGAGCACAGCAGCAAGAACAAGGUCAAAGUCCUCCUCAGACACUUGUGCAGAGUUCUUAUUAGAUUUAGAGGUCAAUAAAUGGCGUUUUCCAUGUCA